UAAAAUUAGAUUGAAGGUUUCCGCCAUGAUUGGUAAAAUAUAACUUUAUAAAAUGGAGCAAAGUAUCAAAUCUCAACGAGGCGGCAAAGUUUGCAAUGUUGAGUUUGAAAAUAGAUCUUCCUGUGUAGCGAGCAUGUACUGGCAUGAUUUUGAAGGCCAAAAAGUAAAAUACGAUGAUGUCAGGCCAAACGGAACGUACAGUAUGAAGACAUAUGAGGGACAUCCAUGGUCAGCCCAAGACCCAGCGACUGGGAAGAUCCUUUCGAUUAACAACAAUUCUGUGUUCUAUCCUCGACACAGUGAGACAGUUUUUAUCGAUAACCCAACAGACAGAGGAGGACAGUACCAGGCCGGCUAUCAACAAGGUCAGCCACCUCAACAUGGACAGUACUACCAACAGCAAUAUCAACAUUAUCAACAGCCAAGCCAACAGUAUGGGGAUUAUGGCAACUACUUUCAACAAAGUGUAUUUAGUACAAAUGCAUGGCAGGCAUUUCAGUUCCAGACUCCAAAUGAGCUUCAGCAAGUUUUCCAAAUGGAAUUGCAAAAGAAUCCUGCUAAUGGUAGAAGACAAGCCAUUCAAGCAGAAGAUUUGUGCAAUAUAAUGAACAACUGUCACACCAUUAGAAAUUUUUUCAGAUGUCAUGAGGGUUAUAUAAACUGGAGCAGAGAACUUUGCAGUAUAAUGAUUUCUAUGUUAGAUAGGUCAGGAGAUGGUUUUAUGCAAUGGAAUGAGUUCCAGGAACUACAACAGUGUCUUGUCCAAUGGUACCAGAUGUUCAAACAGUUUGAUCAUGAUGGGUCAGGGUACAUUGAAGCUAAUGAAUUAGUUAACAUCGUCAGAACUCAGUUCAAAUACAACUUAACACCACAGAGCAUAGAAACAUUAUUGAAAAGAUACUCCAGAGUGAUCAUGUGGGGAGGACAGGAAAAAUGUCUGAUAGCAUUCGAUGAUUUUGUAUCUGUGUCUGUACGACUUAGGGCUUAUACAGAUGCCUUCAGAAAGCGAGAUCAGCUACAAAAUGGUGGAGAUUCUGGAACUUGUACAUUUGCAUAUGAUGAUUUUAUUAGAUGUGUCAUGUGCUUGUAAAAGAAUACAUAUACAUUUGUAUGACCAAAAUAGACAUCAACUGAUUCCAACAAAGACUCAACCUGUUAUGAACUCAACCAUUUUGAUCUAUUCAUUUGUUUACAUUAUACAGAGUAAUACAAGCGUUCAUGACUAUAAUAUUACCUCUGUGCUCUAAGAAAACACAACUCAAAUAUUUAUAUUGUCUUUAUUAAUUCUUGUUUAUUGUUUCUUAAUCUACAUUUUACUAUUUCACCUUAUGUAUUUUUUUUUAGAAAUUUUGAUCAUGUUAAUGUGUUAUGGUACGACAUUGUUUUAUCUAGAUAAAGAUCGUUUUUUACUUGUGGAUGUGAAUUAAUAUUUUAAAAUGACUUACAAUGUAGUGUACAUAAUUCACUGUACGAAUUCAACAGUCAAUGAUGACCAUCUGUA